AUUUGCUGUUCUAGGAAGAGUUAAUAAUCAAACCCAAACAGAAGCAAAAUAACCUGUCCUUUAGCUGUUAUUGGCCUAUUUGGUUCCUUGGCUAAUGUUUUUGGAGGCUAACAGUUGUUAUCAAAAUUAUUAUGCCAUAUGGAUCAAUUGAAAUCCAAGCUCAUCUAGGUGACCUUGGUAUGGGAAGUAUCUUCAGCAACAAACUCAGCCUUUCUGCUAGGACUCUUUAAAAUGGCAGGACAGCUGAAGGUGCAAGGUGCUGAAGGCCACGGAGGUACUGCUCUAUCCAGUUCUGAUUUGCAGGAGGAGUCCAGGAAGUUACUCAGUGCAAGAUACAAAUAAAAUUCCUAACCAAAUAGCAAGGAUAAUUUGAUCCCUUUUUGUUGGGUGCUGUAUUGGGAAGUUGAUGACUGGACCUCUCAACUAUAAAUGGCUUGUAAGGAGAGCUUGCAAGUGCUUCAUGUCUGUUUGUGAGAUGGUUUCAUUUUGUAUGUGGGACCAAGAUCCUUCAGAUGAUGAAGCUAUUGAAAAAGCAAGUGAAGACAGGACAGCAACAUGUCAAGAUUCAGAAUCCAAACCUGCUGUGAAAAAGAAAAGAAAGCAGCCUACAGAGUGUUUUUUAAGUCAGCCCAAAGAAAAGCAAGAGAGUGCUGUGAAGGCAAAGAAGAGGAAGAAGAAGAAGAUUUCUGAUGUUCUGCAAAAAUCUGCUCCAAAACCUGGUGUCCCUGCUGAUCUACAAAAUCUGCUUACUCAACAUUUCGGUGAAAACCGUUCUGUGAUUGAAAUAGAGGAAUUAAAGCUGUCAGACUCCUGCUUUUUGCCAGCCAAUGAUCUUACCCACAGUUUUUCUUCAUACCUGAAGGAAAUCUGUCCUAAGUGGGCGAAGCUCCGGAGAAGCCACAAGGAGAAGAAGUCCGUGGUGAUGCUGGUUCUCUGCAGCUCUGCCCUUCGCUCCUUGGAACUCAUCAAGUCAAUGACAGCCUUUAAAGGGGAUUGCAGAGUCAUCAAGUUGUUUGCAAAGCACAUAAAGAUAAAGGAACAAAUGAAUAUGUUGGAGAAAGGCAUGUUUCACAUUGGGGUUGGAACUCCUGGGAGAGUAAAGGCACUAGUGGAGCAAGAUGCCCUGUGCUUAAACUCCACGAAAUAUGUGAUUCUGGAUUGGAACUGGAGAGAUCAAAAACUAAGGAGAAUGAUGGACAUCCCUGAGAUAAAGAAAGAAACAAUUGACCUACUGGAGAAGAGUAUUAUAAAGCUGUGCAGAGAUGGAUCUGUGAAGCUGGGACUCUUUUAAUGAGUUUACCAACAAGGAAGUAAUUUGCAGCUGCAUUUUACUAUUAUCCUGUCUGCAACUGAAUUUUGACUUUUCCAAGGUCUCAAUACAGAAGGCACAUUGCAACUUUUUCUGUUUUCUUUUAAUAAAACCCCAGAAGUUUUGUUUGUAGUUCUAGUAUUAUUCUUAUUGCAGUUACAAUGUCAUAUGGAAAUCAGAGUUACACUUCUUUCACCUGCUAGAUUUACUACUACGUCUCACUAGUCAGACUUUGAAAAUGAGCGAAUAUGGGUGUGAAAGUCUUUGCACAGCUCAGUUUUCUGUUCCCUCCCUGUGCUGUCCUAAAAGAGACAUGUAUUUCUCUCUGAGAGUGGUAAUCUACUUGCUCUUGGAGGGUCUUUGAAAGAGUUAUGAAUUUCAGUAACAUGUUAAAAAGGUAUUUUUCAUCUAUCUGUUCUAGAGCUGGCCAAAUGCUGCUUUUUGCUCUUACGUGAUAAAUUAUCUGUAUACUGUACUGAGAUUUUAUUUUGGUUAAACUGUUAAAGUGUGCAAAAAGUAUUCUUAUGUUUGUCCAUUUAAAUUAAAAUGAGGUGAUCUCUG